CUAAAAUUAGACCCAGCUAAACGAACCCUGCACCCGCCUUCUCGAGCUCAUCCCACUCUGACUCAGCUCCACUGCGCCGCCGCUUACUCCACCGUAGACCUCCCUGACAACACUUUCUUAUCCGAUCACGUGUUCUCACCGGAGGUUGCUGAGAACUGUAGAUUUCAAUUAUCCGUGCUCAAGUCAACAAUCAAUUCCGUGAGCCACCGACUGUUUUGAAAUGAAUGCCUUCCAGGCUCCAGAAAUUUAAGGAACCAGCAUACACGAGCGCACGACCCGUUCAAUCACCCUCAUAUUCAAUUUCUUCCUCGGACAACCAGCCGCCGAUUUUCUGGAGUUGGGACACAAUGAACGAGUCGAUGAAGCAAUUCCAACAAGGACUUGUUGAGGUUGAAAUCGAAGCUGAAAAUCUUUUGUUGGCACGGCAUGAGUUAGUUGAAAUUGACCGACUGAGGAAUGGGAACAGGGAAGCUUUAACAGCACUAAGAAAGAGGGCCAGGACGACUAAAACCAGUGUCCCUUUGCCUUUUGAGUCGAUAAUGAGGGAUGUGGAUUCGAGGCCACUAGUGAAAGAGGUCUGUACAACUUGUGGUGAUCACAAUUCCAGGGAGAAGACAUUAUUAAUGUUCCCAGGAACUGAUUUGUUUGCAAGCAUACCGUUUCAUGCUGCUCAUACCAUAUUGGAGAAAGAUCAAGCACGCCUGGAUUUUGAUUCCAAGAAACUCCAGAGCUACGUGAAAGAGAAAUCCUUCUUGAUUUCAGAAAAAGGUGCUCUAGCUGACAAGAUCAGUCCUGGUGUGCUGAGAUCUAUGGUGACCUUAACUGACAAAACAAAGCUUGAGGGGAGAGAUUGAUACGUUGUAGUUUGCGGGAAUCAUAUCACUCAGGGUUUUUGAAUGCCUGAUGAAAAUGACUGAACAAGCAAUUGAAUAGGAAAGACAGCGACUGAAGAAGCUUCCCCUCUAUGAUGAAAGCUGCCCUCUGAGGUUGGACUUUCACCAAUCGAGCACAAACAUGUUAUGGUAAGGGGGAGAUUUCAGUUCCAUCUUUACAUUAAGGGUAGACUCGAAUUAAUUAAUUCUAGAUUAAAUAAUUUUGGCAUUAUGGAGCUUGCUCAAUUAUGACUUGAGAUGGGGCUCACCCAUCUUAUCAGAUAUUUGAUUCAUAAUUAUGUUUAUUAUGUGUUUUGAUUCAUAGUCCGGAUGUUUGAAACCAUGUUGGUGUGAUGGUAUCAUGUUGUUAAA